AUGGAACCGAAAUCCGUCCGUGAUAUUUGUGCAAUAGCCAAGAAAUUACGCAAGAAAUUCGACAACACUGAGGCUGCUGAAGCAGCGAGCGAAAGUCACCGUAUGGACUCAACCGUAUGCUUAUAUGUUCUAGGACCAAUAACACCAGCAUCAAGGUCGGAAUAUUUCUACGUCGUGACGUUCAUGAUGAAGAAAAGUCAAUAUGUGACGGUCUUUCCGCUACGCAAGAAGAGCGAUGCCACCAAAGCGUUUAAAAAGUAA